AUGCGAAAGUUCACUGCAUACGAAAAUCAACAACCGAGCGUACCGGGAAAAUCGAAGUGUAUCUUUAUACAGGUCCCGGAUGAUACCCGCUCCAAACUUUUCGAAACUUGCAAAUAUGAUAUUCAUCAGCCAAUACUUAAGCACAUCUUUUUAAUCAGCGCUUUCGACUACAAUUGGAGCGGGUAUUUGAUGCAAUUUAGGGGUAACCUCAUAAACAAGACCCAAAAGUGGCUUUAUUACCCCGUGGGCAAAGAGCCUAUAUUCGAGCAACGAAAUACAAUCUUUCAGGAUCAACAAAAUCUGGAGGUUUUGCGACGAGAACUCUUAAUGGUUCAUCAGCGGCUAUUGGCAAAUGAUCGCGUCUUUAGAAUGAUGCAAUUACAAUUAAAAGAUCAUUCUGAUAUUUGGUGCCUAAAUAUUGAGGGAUCAAGAAAACCUCUGAAAGAGCUCUAUGAACUAAGUGCUCGUAACAAGAUUCACCAAGAUUACGUUGAGUUUGAAGUGAAAAGAUUAGACAGUGCCGCGGUCCUAGUAAGUGCGAUCACCGCUUUAUAA